GCCACCCAACUCACCACCAAAUCACAUUUCAAAUACACUCUCUCUUCUCUGCAUAACCAAAUCAAAUAAUUUUCAUAUAACCUAUAGUUUUUUAUUAUAACCUAUAGUUUUUAUACAGAGUCAGAGGGAGUGAAACAAAAAACAGUAAGAAUCUGAUCUUAAGAUUGGUAACAUGGCACUAGCUAAAGAAUUCAUGGGUACUUCUUUGAUGGAUAAAUCAUCAUGCAAAGCUAUGUUUUUGAAUCAAAAGUCUCAUAAUAAUCAUUUUUUUGGAAGUAUUCCUUCAGUUUUUGUGCCUUUACAGCAGCAGAAAAAGAUUAGAGUGGUUAAAAAAGGUGGUACAGUGGCUGCUAUAAGUGAAGAUUUGAUUAAGGCUAAUAAUAAAAAUAGUAGUGGUAAUGAUACUGUUUUGCCGGAGAAGAGUGUAAAGUUCACGGUUAGAGCAGUUGUGACCGUUAGAAAUAAAGAUAAAGAAGAUUUUAAAGAUACAAUUGCUAAACAUUUGGAUGCUUUUGCUGAUAAAAUUGGAAGAAAUGUUGUUUUGGAGCUCAUUAGUACUGAACUUGAUCCAAGAACUAAUGCACCAAGGAGAAGCAAAGAAGCUGUUUUGAAAGAUUGGUCCAAGAAAGCAAAUGUUAAAGCUGAGAGGGUUCAUUAUUCUGCUGAUUUUUUAGUGGACUCUAAUUUUGGUGUGCCUGGGGCAAUUACAGUGAGUAAUAAACAUCAGCAGGAGUUUUUCUUGGAGACUAUCACACUUGAAGGUUUUGCUAAUGGUCCUGUUCAUUUCCCUUGUAAUUCUUGGGUUCAAUCUAAGAAAGAUCACCCUGGGAAGAGGAUUUUUUUCUCUAAUGAGCCAUAUUUACCAAGUGAGACACCAGCUGGGCUAAGAGGUUUAAGAGAAAAAGAACUAAAAGAAAUUAGAGGCGACGGUAAAGGAGUUCGGAAAUUGUCGGAUAGGAACUACGACUACGAUGUAUAUAAUGACUUGGGAAAUCCAGACAAGGGUAUUGAUUAUGCCAGGCCAAAACUUGGAGGUGAAAUCAGGCCGUAUCCGAGACGGUGUCGUACUGGCCGUGUUCCAACUAUCACAGAUGCGAACGCAGAGUGUCGCCUAGAGAAGCCAUUGCCAAUGUAUGUGCCGAGAGAUGAACAAUUUGAGGAAUCUAAGCAAAAGACAUUCAGGGGUGGAAGGCUCAAGGCUGUGCUUCAUAAUCUAAUACCGUUGUUAAAGGCCACCAUUUCUGCCGAGAAUCUUGAUUUCGCUGCGUUUUCAGACAUCGACAUUCUCUACAGAGAAGGACUACUGCUUAAAGUAGGGAUUCAAGAUGAAAUCUGGAGAAGGCUACCAUUGCCAAAGGUGGUCACCUCAAUUCAAGAGUCUAGCGAGCGGUUACUUAGAUAUGAUACGCCGAAGAUUCUUUCGAAGGACAAGUUUGCCUGGUUGCGAGAUGAUGAAUUUGCUCGUCAAGCAAUUUCCGGGGUUAAUCCUGUCGCCAUUGAGAGGAUGACAGUUUUUCCACCAAGGAGUAACCUUGAUCCUGAAAUAUAUGGUACACUGGAGUCUGCCCUUAAGGAGGAGCACAUUAUUAAUCAACUGAAUGGCAUGUCUGUUCAACAGGCCUUGGAUGAAAAUAAACUGUUUAUAGUAGACUAUCAUGAUGUGUAUCUCCCAUUUGUGGACCGCAUUAAUGCCCUUGAUGGUAGAAAAACAUAUGCAACUCGUACCAUAUUUUUCUCGACCCCUCUCGGGACACUCAAGCCGAUUGCUAUAGAGCUUAGUCUUCCGCACACUCGACCAAAUUGUUCUCGAUCAAAGCGAGUAGUUACACCUCCGCUUGAUGGAACCACAACCUGGAUCUGGCAACUUGCAAAGGCUCAUGUUUGUUCCAACGAUGCUGGGGCUCAUCAGCUAAUUAAUCAUUGGCUAAGGACGCAUGCUGCUAUGGAGCCAUUUAUACUGGCUGCACACCGGCAUUUGAGCUCGAUGCAUCCAAUCUAUAAGCUAUUGGAUCCGCACAUGAGGUAUACCCUAGAGAUCAAUGCGUUAGCUCGCCAAAGCUUAGUCAGCGCUGAUGGUGUCAUAGAAAACUGUUUCACACCUGGCCGCUAUUGCAUGGAGAUGAGCGCUGCAGCAUAUAAGAACUUUUGGCGAUUCGAUAUGGAAGGCCUCCCUGCUGAUCUCAUCCGCAGGGGUAUGGCUGUACCUGACCCAACACAACCACAUGGCUUAAAGCUUCUACUUGAGGAUUACCCGUAUGCUCAAGACGGGCUGCUAAUAUGGUUUGCAAUAGAGAAUUGGGUCCGAACCUAUGUGAAUCGGUACUAUCCAAAUGCAAGUGUAGUUUGUAACGACAGAGAGCUACAAGCUUGGUAUGAUGAGUCUGUCAAUGUGGGCCAUGCCGAUCUCCGUCAUGCAGAGUGGUGGCCCACAUUAGCCAGCGUCGAUGAUCUUGUCUCGAUCCUAACAACCCUCAUUUGGCUGGCAUCUGCUCAACAUGCUGCCCUCAAUUUCGGGCAGUAUCCAUAUGGUGGUUAUGUGCCUAAUAGACCAACACUUAUGAGAAGAUUGAUUCCAGAAGAAACUGAUCCCGAGUAUGAAAGUUUCCUGGCAGAUCCACAAAAAUAUUUCCUGUCAGCACUGCCGACUCUGCUGCAAGCAACAAAACUAAUGGCUGUAGUGGACACAUUAUCAACUCAUUCACCCGACGAGGAAUACCUAGGCGAAAGACAACAACCAUCGACAUGGACGGGCGACUCUGAAAUGGUAGAGUCAUUUUACGAGUUCUCAGCGGAGAUGGGGCGGGUAGAGAAGGAGAUCGAGAGAAGGAACAAUGACCCUAACCUUAGGAGCCGGUGCGGCGCAGGGGUUUUGCCAUAUGAGCUACUAGCACCUAGCUCAGAACCAGGAGUAACAUGUAGAGGUGUACCUAAUAGCGUGUCUAUAUGAGCAAAAUAAUUAAUAGCCGUUUGAAUUGGCUCAAGACUAUAGCCAAUUCUGGCAUUAUAGGACCAUUCUGUAUCUAUAUAUUGAUGCUAUAGGGUGCAUUUAGUGCCACUUUUUAACAUAGGAUUUGUAUAUGUAAUAUCCAUAGCUCUGUAUUAUAAGCUUAAUGCUAAGUAUACAUUUUUUUA